AUGACCCUCGCAAUUCUCUGGCGCAAGCUAUAUGUUGACCAUAAAACAGCCAUGGCUGACCUCCUGUCCACGAGAAAUCUGUCGCUUGCAGCGCUGCUCCUCAGAGACGGGACAAUCCAACUGACAGCACUCCUACUACUGAACUUAUUAGUGACCGUAUUGGUGUUCGUGAACUCCAAUGCUGAAGAGGUCAUCGGAUAUUUGCAAUACUCACUCACUUCCGUUCUAGUCUCUCGUGUCCUCCUCAACAUCCGAGCCGCAGCGCGGUCCACACGUGGAGAACAAUCCCAAACGCCCUCUUUUGUCCGGUCGCGGCGCGGAGUCCAGGCGCAAGACGACGUCGAAAAUAUGUCGUUCGAAUUAAACGUCCUCAGCAGCACCGAACAAGCCCCAGAGAGCGAUCGCUCUCCCCGGCAAGAGUCCACUGAACAUGCUGAAAUUGUUGCUGAACCCCGAAGCAUGGCGAACAAUGUUGCUACUGCCGGCGAUGCCCAACAGGACGUAAACAAAGAGGAGGGAAUGGACGAUGUCGAGGAAGAGAUGCUAUCGGAUUGGGAGGACGAUGUGUGA